AUGGAUAAUGAGAAGUUUGAAACUCAAUUAUGGAGUUUUAGGGACCCCAACAAUCCAUCUGAUGAGAAAUGGUUCACAUUUGAUCAUUCGUAUUGGUCACAUGAUGGAUUCACCACCGAAAAGGAUGGCUACUUAUCACCGGAAAGUAGCCGAUAUGCCGACCAGAAGCGCGUGUUCGACGACCUUGGAAAAGGUAUUCUGGAAAAUGCAUGGGCCGGUUAUAACUGCUCACUGUUCGCCUAUGGACAAACAGGGAGUGGCAAAAGUUACUCAAUUGUCGGAUUCAAAGGCAACAAAGGUAUUGUGCCGACAUUUUGUGAAGAGCUAUUCAAAGAGAUCGAAGCUAAAAAGGAGAAUGGUAAGAAAAGCGGCUCUUACGAGGUGUUCAUUUCCAUGUUUGAAAUCUAUUGCGAAAAGAUUCGAGACCUGCUCUCAAACAAGGAACCACCAAAAGGAGGACUAAAAUUGCGUGAACAUCCAAAAACUGGAUUUUAUGUGGAGAAUUUGUCAAGUGCACCAGUGAACUCGUACAAAGAAAUCGAAGCUAAAAUCGAACAGGGCACGAAGAAUCGAACAAUCGCCGCUACGAAUAUGAACGCUACGAGUAGUCGUGGUGGAGCUACAACGAAGAAAUCAGAAAUCAACCUUGUGGACCUUGCCGGAAGCGAACGCCAACGAGACGCUGGUACUGAAGGGGACCGAAUGAAGGAAGGAAUCGUUAUCAACCAGUCACUGUCUACUCUCGGUCGAGUGAUCAAAGCACUACAUGAGCAGCAAAGUAGUAAGGGAAAGAAAAUUCAGAUCGCUGCCAUUUCUCCAGCAGACAUCAACUACGAUGAAACUCUAUCUACACUCAGGAAAUCCGAGUUUCCCGGCGGUGCGGCGGAUUAG